AUGUUGAAAAUAUUGUUGGACUUGACCAGGCAUACUUCUAGCCGUGGUCACUGUGAAAUUGGAAGAUUAGGCAACUCAAAUCAGAGUGUUUCUAGACUUCAACGUGAUAUCAGUAUUCCAGUCAACAUUACUAAGGCCUCCUUUGUUACUGGUGGUGGUUUGCAGUCCAUCUCACUGCCUCCUCUGUUAACCCUUAACCACAAUAUGUCAAAAAUACCUGUACCUAUUCCUAACAUAUCUGUUGUGAGCUACACUAGAGCUUAUACUGUUGUGCCUAAACCCUAA